AUGGCUGCUCUGCCAAUAUCAUCUGAUACUGGUGUCCAGAGAGACACUGGUCCAGCUGGUCCUGCAAAUCUACUGCAAAGAGAAAUUGUACACAAGGAGGUUUUUGAGCUUGUCAGGGAAGCUUCAGGAUUGGCAACAAAUGAACACCCCAGUAAUCUUAAGAUCACUGGAAACGAAUCACUUCAGCUUGAGGUUGAUCUUGUUAGUCCUCUUAGAUUGGUGAUGCUUGCAUCGGUUGUUUUCCAUGAGCAGAAAAUCAAGCCUGGAGCAUCAACUUUGAUUACAGUAUCACUUCUUUCACACCUACCCCUUAUUGUUGAUAUUGAUCAAUUAGAAAUCCAGUUCAACCAAUCUAAUUGUAAUUUGUUCAUUGUAAAUGCCCAAAAACCUCAAUCAGUAGAAGUCAGUAAUGGUAAUCAACAGCAUAGAAUGGAGUCAGCACCUUCUCUUUCACUUGAAUCAAACAAAUGGCUAAGGUUGACCUAUGAAAUCAAAUCUGAUCAAAGUGGAAAACUUGAAUGCCUAUCUGUUAUUGCAAAAUUUGGAUUACGCUUCACAAUAUGCUGCAGAGCUGAAAGCCCUGCUUCACUGGAUAGUUUACCUCUUUGGACAUCGGAGGAUUGUAUACAAACCGUUCCAAUAAAAGAUCCAAUCCUUGUGUUAUCUGGUUAG